UUGCUUUAACUUAUGGUCAACGUAUAAUAGUCGUCCAUUAGCUCAGCUAAGAGCGAUAUUGGAUUUUAGCAUUGGGCAGUCAUUGCUUAGCACAAGAUGGAUUUAAGCUUUACGCAAAUUGGAAUACUACUUACACUACUGGUGGGCAUUGGUGCCGUCACCACACCCUGUAAUCUACGUCCAACGCCGGAAGGUGGUGUUUGUGUUUGCAAUUCCGAUCAUUGUGAUUAUCUUGAUGAUCCAACACCUGCCAGUGAAUAUCAAUUUGCUCUUGUUUCCUCAUCAAAGGCUGGUUUAAGAUUUCAAACAAGCGAUGGAUUAUUUAAUCGUUUUAGUAAACAUUUUGUUAUGGACUAUGUUCCAAAUAUGGAAGACCAACUCAAAAAUGAAACCCUUUCAAUGAAUGAACGAGUAGCCACUCGUACAGUUCGUCUCAAUAUCAACCGUGAAAAUCAAUAUCGUAAAAUUGUUGGUUUUGGUGGAGCAUUCACAGGGGCCGUUUCAUAUCUUUUGGAGAAACUACCACAAGAAGUGCAGGAUCACAUGUACAAAUCUUAUUAUGCCGCCGAUGGUAUUGGUUGGAAUUUAAUGCGUAUGUCCAUAGGAGGUUGUGAUUUCGAUUUAGCUCCUUGGGCUUAUAAUGAAGAACCCGUUAACGAUCCGGAAUUGUCUGGUUUUACACAAUUGGAUCUCCGAGACCAGACCAAAGUUAAACAAAUACACCGCCUUAAGGAAGUGGCCGAGCCAAAUAAUUUACGCAUCAAAGGUGCUGCCUGGAGUGCACCACCCUGGAUGAAGACCAAUAAUAAAUGGACCGGUUUUGGCCGUUUGAAGAAGGAAUACUAUCAAACAUGGGCAAAUUAUCACAUGAGAUGGUUGGAACUUAUGGAAGAGAAUGGUCUACCCAUAUGGGCCAUUUCGACUGGCAAUGAACCUAUGAAUGGCAUAGCCUUUAUGUUUUUUGUACGAUUCAUGAGCAUGGGCUGGCAUCCAUUUAACCAGGCUGUUUGGCUUAGUGAUAAUCUAGGGCCCACCAUACGCAAUUCGAAAUACAAGGAUUUGGUUAUUUUUGGUAAUGAUGAUCAACGUUACACCUUUCCCAAAUGGUUUGAUUGGAUGAAAUUGAGACGCUCGGACUCUGUGAAAUAUUUGGAUGCUUUGGCUGUGCAUUGGUAUUGGGAUGAAAUUUUCAAACCCAGUUUCAUUGAUCAGACCUUGGCUAAAAUGCCCGAAAAGGAUCUUUUGGUAACAGAAUCCUGCAUUGGAGACAAGCCUUGGCAAAAGGCUGGCCCUAUUUUGGGCUCUUGGUAUCGUGGUGAGAAAUAUGCCCGCGCUUUCUUGCAAAAUCUGCAACAUGGUUACAAUGGCUGGAUUGAUUGGAAUUUGAUAUUGGAUGAAAAUGGUGGACCAAAUUAUGUCAAUAAUACUGUAGAUGCUCCCAUUAUCAUUGAUACUUCAAAUCCCACUGAAAUUUUGAAGCAGCCCAUGUUCUACGCCAUGGGUCAUUUCUCCAAAUUUAUACCUGAGGGCUCGAUACGCAUUGAUGCCAUACCCAGUAAUGUUAAUAUUGAUAGCGUGGCCUAUUUGCGUCCUGAUGGAACUAUUUCAGCGGUUCUUUUUAAUAGUGGUAACGCCAAUGUGGAAAUCAGUGUAAUCGACAGUGAACGAGGCAGUGUUGUUUUAGUUGUACCACCUCGCUCCAUUCAUACCAUCAUUUAUCAUUGAUUGAAUAAAUAAUUUUUAGCUGGUUGAUGAUAAUCUCCAAUUUUGUUCAUGUGCAUAGUGAGUUGUAGUAUGCGACUUUCACACAAAUAAAAUGUAAA